AUGACGUCCUGUGGGUGCCUGGUGCUCGAGAAGGUGGAGGGCGACGCGGCGGUGAAGGCGAGGGUGAAGGCCGCGCUGGGCACCGGCGCCGGCGCCGGGUGCGGCUCGUGCGCCGGGGACUGGCGGGGCCGGUCCGAGGCCAUCUUCCCCAUCUACGUGAUGGGGAGCUCGCGGGGGAGCACCGUGGCGGCGGCGCGCGGCAUCGUCGACUCCCCCGAGGACCCCAUAUGGGUGGCCGUCAAGGCGGAGGCCAAGUCUGAGGCAGAAAAGGAACCUAUUUUGAGUAGCUUCUUGUAUGCCAGUGUGUUGUCUCAUGACUGUCUGGAGCGAGCGUUGAGCUUCGUCCUUGCAAACAGGCUUGAAGAUCCAACAUUGCUUGCUACUCAGCUAAUCGAUAUUUUUAACGAUGUCGUUCUGAAUGACAAAGAUAUAUGCCGUUCCAUUCGCCUUGAUGCUCAGGUCUUCAAAGAUAGAGAUCCAGCUUGUUCCCAAUAUAGUUGGGCACUGUUAUACCUAAAGGGUUACCAAUCGUUGCAAUCAUACAGGAUAGCUAAUGUAUUAUGGAACCAGGGACGUAAAGUUUUGGCAUUGGCACUGCAAAGCCGUAUUAGUGAGGUCUUUGCUGUGGAUAUACAUCCAGCUGCCAAAAUUGGCGAGGGAAUAUUGUUGGAUCAUGGAACGGGCCUAGUCAUUGGUGAAACUGCUGUAGUUGGAAAUUGGGUUUCAUUAAUGCAGGGUGUUACACUUGGAGGUACAGGCAAGGAACAUGGAGACAGGCACCCCAAGAUCAGUCAGGGAGCUCUUAUUGGAGCUGGUGCUAAUAUCCUUGGCAAUAUCAAUGUAGGCGAAGGUGCCAUGAUUGCUGCUGGCUCCCUUGUUUUAAAGGAUGUACCUUCCCACAGUAUGGCUGUAGGUAAUCCUGCAAAGAUAGUUGGUUAUACAGAGAAAGAAGAUCCUUCUUUAACUAUGAAACAUGAUGCAAGGAGAGAUUAUUUUGAGCACGCUGCCGUUAGAUUCAGAUGA